AGCCUUUCAUUCUUGGGCUGUUUAUGGUGUGCCAGAUGCACGACUCGUUCUACCGUCCCGACCGAAGGCUCCCCGUGCUGGGCAAGAGCGGGAAAAAAAUCAGUGGAGGUGUCUGGGCUGGACCACGGGAGAGAAGUAAAGGAAUGGCUAGGAAUGCAAGGAGCAGAUGCCGGCUCAGCGUCCCUGGCAGUUAGGAGGACAGAUCCUUGAAGGGGCCUUGAUGGGUCGCCUGGACGACGGGGGUGGGGCUGGCGCGGGCGUGCGAGCCUUGGAGCCCUUUGGGGCCCGUCUCGGUGCGCGUUUCUGCCUGGCACCUGGCGUUUUGAGUCUCCCUGCGCGCUCCGGAAUCCGCGGUCCGGCGCGGCCUGGUGAGGGCCCUGCGGCUCCUGUGGUAGCCAGCCCUGCCGGCGUUUUCUCUCAGUCUCCGCCAUGCCGGCGGUGCUAGGGUUUGAAGGCAGCGCGAACAAGAUUGGCGUGGGAGUGGUCCGGGAUGGCGCGGUGCUGGCGAAUCCGCGGCGGACUUACGUCACGCCUCCGGGCACCGGAUUCCUUCCGGGUGAUACUGCUAGGCAUCACCGAACUGUUAUCCUGGACCUGCUACAGGAGGCACUGACAGAGGCUGGAUUAACCUCCCAGGAUAUUGAUUGCAUUGCCUACACCAAAGGCCCUGGCAUGGGUGCUCCACUGGUUUCUGUGGCUGUUGUGGCCCGCACUGUGGCCCAGCUGUGGAAUAAGCCAUUGCUGGGCGUGAACCACUGUAUAGGCCACAUUGAGAUGGGCCGCCUUAUCACCGGAGCCACCAGCCCAACUGUGCUGUAUGUCAGUGGAGGAAACACACAGGUGAUUGCAUAUUCAGAACAUCGUUACCGCAUCUUUGGGGAAACCAUCGAUAUUGCUGUGGGUAAUUGUCUGGAUCGUUUUGCUCGAGUGCUGAAGAUUUCCAAUGACCCCAGUCCAGGCUACAAUAUUGAACAGAUGGCAAAGCGAGGCAAGAAGCUAGUUGAGCUGCCAUAUACUGUGAAGGGGAUGGACGUUUCAUUCUCGGGGAUACUGUCUUUCAUUGAGGAUGUAGCCCAGCGGAUGCUGGCCACAGGCGAGUGUACUCCUGAGGAUUUAUGUUUCUCUCUGCAGGAAACCGUGUUUGCAAUGCUGGUAGAGAUCACAGAGCGAGCCAUGGCACAUUGUGGCUCCCAGGAGGCCCUCAUCGUGGGAGGUGUGGGGUGUAAUUUGAGGCUACAGGAAAUGAUGGAGACAAUGUGCCAGGAACGUGGAGCCCGGCUUUUUGCCACAGAUGAGAGAUUCUGCAUUGACAAUGGAGCCAUGAUUGCCCAGGCUGGCUGGGAGAUGUUUCGGGCAGGACACAGGACCCCCCUUAGUGAUUCUGGGAUCACGCAGAGGUAUCGGACAGAUGAAGUAGAAGUGACUUGGAGGGACUAACAAGGUUAACAGGAUCAGAGUAGGUAGUGCCUAAGUGGAGCCUACGGGAACUUGGGCCUUAAUCUCUGUCCUGACCUGAGAGUCCUGGCAAGGCUAUGGACUCCUGUCUCCCAUCGUUUGAACCUCAGGUUGACUCAGCAAUAAACUGUUUUUGGUUUUGUA